GCACAGCCACCGCGACAGAGGCAGGAGCCAAAGUUCCGCGGAGCGCGGCCCGGGGGGGCCCCCAUGGAGGUCGGGCGGCCAGCUGGAGCAGAGCAGCCCCCCCGGCACUGAGGAGAUGGCGACGAGCCCGCUGCCCGGCCCCACGGACAUCCUGCUGCCGUCGCCGUCCAGCGCGUACCCGCCGGACCCCAUGAGCCAGCCGCGGGCCGGCCACGCCGCCAUGAAGCCCAACCAGGUGGGGCAGGUGAUCCUCUACGGCAUCCCCAUCGUGUCCCUGGUGAUCGACGGGCAGGAGCGGCUGUGCCUGGCGCAGAUCUCCAACACGCUGCUCAAGAACUUCAGCUACAACGAGAUCCACAACCGGCGGGUGGCCCUGGGCAUCACCUGCGUGCAGUGCACGCCGGUGCAGCUGGAGAUCCUGCGGCGGGCCGGGGCCAUGCCCAUCUCCUCCCGCCGCUGCGGCAUGAUCACCAAGCGGGAGGCCGAGCGGCUCUGCAAGUCCUUCCUGGGGGAGAACCGGCCGCCCAAACUGCCGGACAACUUCGCCUUCGACGUGUCGCACGAGUGCGCCUGGGGCUGCCGGGGCAGCUUCAUCCCGGCCCGCUACAACAGCUCCCGCGCCAAGUGCAUCAAGUGCAGCUACUGCAGCAUGUACUUCUCCCCCAACAAGUUCAUCUUCCACUCGCACCGCACCCCCGACGCCAAGUACACGCAGCCCGACGCCGCCAACUUCAACUCGUGGCGCCGCCACCUCAAGCUCACCGACAAGAGCCCCCAGGACGAGCUGGUCUUCGCCUGGGAGGACGUCAAGGCCAUGUUCAACGGCGGCAGCCGCAAGCGGGCCCUGCCGCCCGCCCCCCCGGCGCCCCCCGCCGCCGCCGCCGCCGCCGCCCCCUGCCACCCGCUGGGCUCGGUGAAGGCGGCGGCGGCCGUGGUGGGCGGGGGGCUGCUGAGCCCCCACCUGCUGGCGGCACCGCCGGACCUGCACCAGAAGCGGCCCCGCUUCGAGGAGGACGACGAGCUGCAGGAGGCGGUGGCGGCGGCGGUGCACGGCGGCAAGAGCCCGCGGAGCUACCCGGUCAUCCCGGUGCCCAGCAAGGGCUCCUUCGGCGGCGUGCUGCACAAGUUCCCCGCCUGCGGGGGGCUCUUCCCGCACCCCUACGGCUUCCCCGCCGCCGCCUUCGGGCUGUGCCACAAGAAGGAGGAGGGCGGCGGGGGCGGCGGGGCCGAGACCCUCGGCGGGGGGCACAAGGCCGGCGGGGGGGCGUCGGGCGGGGGGCUCUCGGGGCUCUUCUGGCCCGGCAGGAAGGACGCCGCCUUCUACCCGCCCUUCUGCAUGUUCUGGCCGCCCCGCACGCCCGCUGGCCUGCCGGUGCCCACCUACCUGCAGCCGCCGCCGCAGCCCCCCGGCGCUUUGGGCUGCUCGCUGGGCGACGGCGCCGGGCUGCUCCGCCAGGCAUUCCUGGACCUCUCGGAGCCCGGCGGCGGCGGCGCGGAGCCGGCCUCGCCCGCAGCCUCGGAAGGGGGCGGUGGGGCGGCGGGGGGCGGCCGGGUCCCCUCGCAUCCCCCGCACCUGCUGGAAGCCGCGGGGGGCGGCCGCAAGUCGGGGGGUGGCGGCGGUGGCUACCACCACUCCAGCGCUUUCCGCCCGGUGGGAGGCAAGGAGGACUCGGAGAGCCUGGCCAAGCUGCACGGCGGCGGCCCGCACCGCUCUGCAUCGCCGCUGCAGCUCCUGCUGCCACCCCCGCCGCCCCCGCCGCCCCCCGAGGAUGGGGGCUGCGACCGGCACCCGCACCCCCCGCCCUGCAGCUUCGCCAGCGAGGACAGCAGCGAGGAGGAGGACGAGGAGGAUGAGGAGGAUGAGCCCGAGGUGGACGUCGAGGGGCACAAGCCCCCCGAGGAGGAGGAGGACGAGGAGGAGGAGGAGGAGGAUGGAGAGGAGGAGGAGGACGAGGCUGAUCCCCUAGUGGCCUCCAGCCGCUUCUCGCCAGCCCGGGGCCCACUGGAGAAGGGCAGUCGGGAUCGCCCCACUGCCACCAUCCCCUUUGCCCGGCCGCCCAUCGAGGAGAAGCCUGGCGAAGGCCAGGUGCCACCACAGCCUCUUCCCGGGCACCCCAAGGCCGGCAGUGGCAGCAGCAGCCCCGCACACCACCCAUCGCUGGAGGAGCAGCCCUCCUACAAAGAUAAUCAGAAGAGCAAGGAGAGUAAUCAAGUCAUCUUGCCCACAAAAGAGGAUAACUUCUCAGAUAAGAACAAGGAGCAUAAUUUUUUCAUCACAGAUUCAGAGCCUUCAGGAGGAGACUUCUGGAGAGAUAUAGCAGGUGAACACACACAAGAAACUAAUCCACCUCAUUCACUGAAGAAGGAUGUAGAAAACAUGGGGAAAGAGGAACUCCAGAAGGUUUUGUUUGAACAAAUCGACUUACGGAGGAGACUAGAACAGGAAUUCCAGGUGUUGAAAGGAAAUGCAUCAUUCCCUGUCUUCAAUAAUUUUCAAGAUCAGAUGAAACGGGAGCUGGCAUACAGAGAAGAAAUGGUACAGCAACUACAAAUCAUUCCCUAUGCAGCAAGCUUGAUCAGGAAAGAAAAGCUCGGUGCACACCUCAGCAAAAGCUAAAGAAGCGCAGGAUCUUUUGCAGCUGUUACCUUGUAAGUUAUAACCCACCACUCAGAAAUCUGACUUGUAUAAAGACUGAGACAAUGGAAGGGCUUGGAAAUUUAAAGAACAAACAAAACAGAUCAGGUUCCUCUGAACCCAAGG